AUGGCUAAUUCAUCGACUGGGGGUGUGCCUCCGGGGUUUCGAUUCCAUCCGACAGACGAAGAGCUGCUUCACUACUAUUUGAAGAAGAAGGUGUCGUUUCAGAAGUUUGACAUGGAGGUCAUUAGAGAGGUGGACUUGAAUAAGAUGGAACCUUGGGAGUUGCAAGAGAGAUGUAGGAUCGGAUCGACACCACAAAAUGAGUGGUACUUUUUCAGCCACAAGGACAGGAAGUACCCAACAGGGUCUCGGACAAAUAGGGCGACAAAUGCUGGGUUUUGGAAGGCAACAGGGCGGGACAAGUGCAUCCGAAACACCUUCAAGAAGAUUGGCAUGAGAAAAACCCUUGUUUUCUACAGAGGGAGAGCUCCCCAUGGCCAAAAGACCGACUGGAUUAUGCAUGAGUAUCGCCUUGAAGAUGGUGAUGAUCCUCAAGGAAACUUAUCUAGUGAAGAUGGGUGGGUGAUCUGCAGGGUAUUCAAGAAGAAGAACUUAUUCAAGGUUGGGAAUGAAGGAGGAAGCUCGAGCAUGAACUCAUCGGAUCAUCAACAGCUCAACAACACAUCAAGCACCAACCAAGCUCGCUCCUUCAUGCAUACCCACAGAGACAACCAAUACUUGCUACGCCAACAACACAGCCAAGCCUUCGAACUAAACAACCCAAACCUUCACUACGCCCACCUCCAACCACCCCCUCAGUACUCUCUUUUCCAACCCCAAGCCCUAAUCGCAACCCACAAGCCCCUCGCCGGCUACGACUACACUCAGCUCCCUUCCGACGACUCCCCGGGCCACGGCAUGGUGAAGCAGCUCAUGACAAACCCUAGAGACUGUGAGAGUGGCAGUGAGAACCUCCGGUACCAAGGGUGUGAGCCGGGGUUGGAAGUUGGGACGUGCGAACCAAAUCAAGCACCAAUGGUUGCAGGUGGAGGUGGAAGUGAUGGUGGAAGAGAUCAUCAUGAUCAGGGCGGCAUGAAUGAAUGGGCGAUGCUCGACCGCCUUGUUACGUCUCAUCUCGGAAAUGAUCAAGACUCGUCGUCGAAAGGAGCAAGGUAUGAUCAGGAUGCAAAUGCUGCUGCAUCCUCCGUCACCCAAAUUAAUAACCACCUGUCUUUGCGUGGAGAGAUGGAUUUUUGGGGCUAUGGAAAAUAGUAAUAACGGCCGCAAGUGUUGUUGGGAAUCUUAUUAUUAGAAA